AUGCUUUUAAAGGCCGCCGCAAUUCUCUCCCUCCUCCCAUACGCUGCCGUAGCCGCGGAAGCCGGCUGGUCAGGCACCCUCUCGUCCCUUGACGGCGGACUCGGCGGCACCGUCAAAGUAGUCGACAACACGACGCUCAUGAUAUCCGACUACAAGCUCAAGGAUGCAUCUGCGCCGGCUCUGUACUGGUGGGGCUCGACGACGGACAACUUGCCGUCGGGGUUCCGCAUCAACAACGAGCAGGUCACCAAACCCGCCGCGGGCGACUCGAACACUAUAAAGCUGGACGCGGGCAAGACAGCGGCCGACUUCUCCGUCGUCGGCUUGUGGUGCGAGAAGCUCAACGCCAACUUUGGCCAGGCCACACUGACCAAGGACGGGAAGGCGAGCUCGAGCUCGGACGGGCAGAAGAUGAAGGGAGCCGCGACAUCGGGCAGGUCGAGCGGCUAUCCGGUGGCUGCGGCGGGCUUGCUGGUGGCCGCAUUGUGCCUUGCUUUGUAA